AUGCCCCAUCCUAUAAUCGACAACCCCCCAGCAGAAGGGGCACCUUACUAUACACCAGCACAGAUACCAGCCUCAGGCACAGCACUAUGUGACAAGACAGGAAGAACAUGCAACAUACCAAAGCUCUUCACGCCCCUGAGCGUGCGUGGCAUCACUUUCCAAAACCGCAUCUUCCUUGCGCCUCUAUGCCAGUACUCCGCAAAAAAUGGCUACGCGACGGACUGGCACCUGGCUCACCUGGGCGGGAUAAUCCAGCGGGGUCCCGGGCUCGCCAUUAUGGAAUCGACAGCCGUCCAGAGAGAAGGGCGGAUCACCCCGCAAGACCUCGGGCUGUGGGAGGACGGGCAGAUCGAACCGCUCGCGCGCAUUGUCGAUUUCGCGCAUAGCCAGGACCAAAAAAUCGGGAUCCAGCUGAGCCACGCCGGCCGAAAGGCAAGCACUGUGGCCCCUUUUCUCUCUGGAAACGCAACAGCGGUAAAAGAAGUCGGCGGCUGGCCCGACGACGUGUUGGCGCCGUCUGCGAUCCCCUUCAGUGACGCCUACCCGCACCCCAAGGCGAUGAGCAAGGAGCAAAUCGACGCGUUCAAGACCGCAUUCGUGUUAGCGGCUCAGCGCGCCGUCAAAGCCGGGUUCGACGUGGUUGAGAUCCAUGCCGCCCAUGGCUAUCUCAUCCAUCAAUUCCUAAGCCCGAUCAGCAACAAGCGCACAGACGAGUACGGCGGGAGCUGGGAGAACCGGACGAGGCUGCUCCUGGAGAUUGUCGACUUGGUGCGGGCAGCAAUCCCACAGGAUAGUCCGUUGUUUGUACGCAUUAGUGCAACGGAUUGGUUCGACGAUCUCAAGGACGAGUUCCCAGAGAGCUGGACGCUCGCGGACAGCGUUCGCCUGGCGCCGAUAUUGGCCCGGCAAGGUGUGGAUUUCUUGGAUGUCAGCUCCGGCGGCGUGCACCCAAAACAGUCGACGAGUAUCAAGUCGGGCCCGGGCUACCAGGCGCCGUUUGCGUUGGAGAUCAAAAAGGCCGUGGGCGAUAAGAUGGUGGUCUCGGCGGUUGGAGGAAUACGGACAGCCAGCCUUGCGAGAGACCUCCUGGACCAAGGCAUUGAUGUUGUCAUGUGCGGUCGCUGGUUCCAGAAGAAUCCUGGCCUCGUGUAUGCAUAUGCCGAUGAGCUUGGGGUUGAAGUCAAGAUGGCAAACCAAAUUGCAUGGGGGUUCAGAGGCCGUGGUGCCGGGAAGCAGCAUGGCAAGUAA